CACCUGUUGGAACAUAUACUUCUGGUUCGUGUUCCUCAAUGUUACGGUGGCGAUGACGCUAGAAGCUAUUAACAUGCUCCAGACGGCAGCUGACGGCAGCUUCCUCGACCUUUUCACCAUGAUGCCGUGCGUGGGGUACCUCCUCGUCGCCCUGGCAAAAGCGCUCAAGAUUAAGAUGAACAGGUCCGUGUUUGAAAACCUGGUCUCUGAGCUACGAGACAUGUGGCCCCACGGACAGAUACCUCAGGAUGAGCACGAGGUACUCAGUACUGCGUUGAACCAGCUCAAACUACUUGUGAGAGCUUACUUCUCCUGCAAUAUGAUGCUCGGCUCCAUAUUCAUCCUGCCAGUUCUCUUCGUGUAUAUAAAAAGUUGGCUUGGUUACGAUGUCCAGUUCAUUCUACCGUUCGGUUAUUGGUUGCCGUUCGAUCCGUACCAGGAUAUAAAGUAUCUCUUUGAGAUUGUAUUUUUUGUGAUGACUUGCCAUUGUUUUCUUUCAGCGCUUUCCAUGAUGGCAGGGGACUUGUUGUUCAUCGUAUGCCUGAGUCACAUCACGACUCAGUUUGCUCUAUUAUUAGUCCGGAUUGACAAACUGUUUCAUGUCCCCAUAGACGACCAACUAGUCGAGACAUAUCCACUUGGUAUGUAUUUACCCUUUACAAAAAAUAAACAGCAACUGGAAAUAGAGAACAAUCCUUCUUCUAUUGAUGACAAUGAUCGUGACAAAAGAAUUGAGGAGGAACUGGUCUUCAUAAUAGAAAGGCAUCGAGCAUUGAUCAGAUUAUCCAGUGACAUAGAGAAUAUGUACACAUUUUCACUGCUCGUUAACUUCAUGAACAGUUCGGUUAUCAUCUGCUUUUGUCUUUUUUGUGUUGCUUUUGUCGAGAAAUGGAACGAGUUUAUAUACAAAAUAUUUUUUACCACUGCAAUAUCACAGACGUUUAUUCUGUGUUGGUACGGACAGAGAUUAAUGGAUACAAGCACCGGUGUGGGUGAGGCGCUGUACAACUGCGGCUGGUAUACUGCUACGCAUAAAACAAAGAAGUCCAUUCUAAUAAUGAUACACAGGGCACAAAAGGAGGUUCACAUAACAACUUACGGAUUUUCUGUUAUUUCUUUGGCAAGUUACGCAACGAUUCUCAGGACUUCGUGGUCAUAUUUUACUCUCCUGAUUAAUAUGUAUAAGGAAUAAAAAAACUUUGUUAGUGUCUUUGCUGUAAUAGCACGUAGUAGAAUAAAUAUUUACAUUAAUAAAUAGGUAGCACC